AUGGUGCGCAGGUGUCUCGUCCUGCACUGCUUGCGAAUGAUGAUCAUGGAGCAGCAGUGGGACGACAUCCAAGCGAUGGGCAGCGCUAUCAUCAAUGAGGUAGAGGGCUAAAUAGACGACCCGAGCAACGGGAGGGAUGGAUGUCAUGUCGUCCCUGUUGUGUGUUCGUGUCGAUAUUCCAUAGGUGGUUGACCACAUAUCAGUGUAUUUGGCGCACAUCAGGGCGGAAGGUGUGUCGCCGCUGCGAGUGCUGACGGCAUGGCUGGGCUCCAGGGGCAACGACGCGCCGCGCAUUGCCCGGUGGUACUUCGGGGAGCUGCUCAAGGCAUCCAUGACACCCCAAGUUUUCAAGGCGCACCCCCCCGACAUUGCACCCUUCCUGCGACGAAUGGUGCGCCUCGGCUACAAGGAUUGGCUGCUCAACCAGCUCCUCCAGAGUUCGGUCCUUCGCGAGAUAAUGGGGUCGGUACUGGACGACUAUCUCAAGGACGACGGCUCGGAUGGCCAGCCGCCGAGAAAGAGGGCGAAGGUCCAGUUGUGAUGGAUGGAUGGAUGCAUGGAUGUGGGACGGCGGAUUCAUGUACUGCUCACUGGCCAGCUGAUAUGUGAGACGUCUUUUGAUCCUCUAUCUAUGACUGCACAUAUCAGCUGGCCAGUCUUUUGUCUUAUGAG